CUUUCUGCUGCAGGCGAAGAAGACAUGGCGUCACGACUCAGAAACUGUCCGAGUUCGACAAAUAAGGAUUUUAUUCUGUCUCUCUGAAUAAAUGGUGUUUUUCGGACUGAAAUAGCGACACAAUGGAAAUCAUGGCUGCAAACAUGCUAACAAGUUCCCCUGCCCCAGCCACGUUGCCCCCAUCGCCAUGUUUGGAUGACACCAGUCCAUCGCUCGGGACGUUGGACAGCGAAGACUAUGUGUUCGUUGAGCCACGGCAUCCUAACAAGGUCCUGGAAGGCUUGAACAGCUUGCGGCUUAACAACGCCUUUUGCGAUGUGACGCUGUGCUGUGGGGGGCAGGAGUUCCCCUGUCAUCGCAUUGUCCUUGCCUCCUUCAGCUCCUACUUUCAGGCUAUGUUCUCCACUGACCUGAUGGAGUCACGGCAGGAACGAGUGGCCAUCAACGGUGUGGAGCCCCAGAUGAUCGGCAUGCUUGUCAGCUAUGCAUACACUGCUGAGGUGGUAAUCUCCAAGGCCAACGUCCAGGCCCUCCUGGCUGCAGCCAACCUGCUGGAUGUCAUGGCGGUGCGCGAGGCCUGCUGCAGGUUUAUGGAGCGUCAGAUGGACGAGAUCAACUGUGUGGGCAUCCACUGCUUUGCUGAGGCUCACUCGUGUAAAGAGCUGGAGCGUCGCAGCAUGGAGUACAUCCAGCAGCACUUUAGCACUGUGUCCAAACAGGAGGAGUUUCUUUCACUGUGUGCCGAUAAACUGACAGAGAUUAUCUCCAGUGAUCAUCUCAACGUGCCACAGGAGGAGACUGUGUUUGAGGCAGCCACACUCUGGUUGGAAAAGUGCUCUUCUCGCAGACAGACCUUUGAAAAGGUACUUGAACAUAUUCGGUUGCCUCUGAUCAGCCCUUAUUACAUCCACGACGUGAUUGAGUCUUUGGAUGUAGUCAAGGAGUCUCAGAAGUGCCAGGAAUUGAUCUCUGAAGCCAAGGACUACCUUCUGCUUCAGGACCGCCGAGGAGAACUCUACAGCCGCAGGACUCGACCUCGCAGGGCCAUGGGCACAGCUGAGGUUAUAGUGACAGUCGGAGGGGAGGAUGAUAAGGUCGUGCUCAGGAGUGUGGAGAGCUUUGACCCCAUAACCAGUCAGUGGAAAAGCCUGGCUUGCCUUCCGUUUGCUGUGAGUAAGCACGGACUGGUGGUGUCGGGUUCCAUGCUUUAUCUGGCUGGUGGUGAAUUUCCAGAUGGCUCGGCCAGCAGAGAGAUGUGGCGCUAUGACCCCUGCUUUGACUCAUGGUUAGAGAUGGCUCCUAUGAAUGUAGCUAGAUCAGAAUUAGGUCUUGUAAUGCUAGACGGAUACGUGUUUGCAGUGGGCGGCUGGGAGGGCCGCUCUCGCCUCGACUCGGUUGAAUGCUAUAAUCCGCACACUAACACGUGGCAGUUCAUGGAGUCGGUCAAAAUGGCUGUCACCAGUCCUGCCGUGGUUGCACUAGACGGACUGCUUUACGUCACAGGUGGUGCAGUUCUUGAAGAUGGGGACGGAACCGAUCUCGCGCAGGUCUACAAUCCUAAAACACACGUGUGGGCAGAAGUGGCUCCGAUGCAGAUCGCCCGCUCGGGGUCUGCAGCCUGCACUCUGAAGGGCAAAAUCUAUGUUAUAGGUGGAUGGCAUGCCUCAACAGAGAACACUGAUAAAGUUGAAUGUUAUGACCCAAAGAGCAACAAGUGGACUAUGUGCGCACCAAUGAAGGAGCGACGUUAUCGACCCGGAGUGGCAGUUGUGGAUGGGAAAAUCUAUGUGUUAGGAGGAGAGGAGGGCUGGGACAGGUACCAUGACACAAUUGAGAGGUACUGCGACGAGACGGACAGCUGGGAAAUUGUAGGUGAGAUGCUAACAAGUCGUAGCUGGCUAAGCUGUGUCUCACUGCAGCUGAGGAAAGACUCCAGCGCUGCCAGACCCCCUGGCACCGCCGUAGAAGACGAGUUUUCUGUGGACUGAUGGCAUCUGGGUAACGAUGUGGAUUAAUCCUCACACUCUGUGUGCCUUCCAUGCCCAGCAAACACGGGUUGUGUGGAACAUGCGUUAGAGAAGGCCACGAGUGAAGACUGUCCUUGAUGUGUUCGCUGCUGCUGACUUUUUCAUUUUGCAAAGGACAUGCUUACAAACUGACGGGUUACUGGAAACUACUCAUGUGCCAAUGUCAUGGAGUUCAUGCACUGAUUUAGAUGGACGAUUAUAUCUUGUGUAGCACAGUCUUGUGUAUGUCAUCCCCCUGGAUGUGUGAAGACAUUGAUACAAGGUACCCUGUGAGCUCUGAUCACCUCAUGAUGUGAUGUGGUUUCUCCCUACUUAUCUAACUGUGGAAUAUAAAUGUAUCGUAUUUCGGUGGAUUUCCUUAUUUAUUAGAGUUGUAUGUUAAACAUUGUAAAGAAGUGGGUUAUUCUGUGUUGUUCAGCAGCCACUCUUGAAUAUAGAUGAGAUGGUACAAAAAAAAAUUACAAUACGUUUUCAGUCUGUGAUAUAAAAUUAUGACUAUUAUCGUAUCACACGAAUACAUUUUGUACUUAUAAAGUUAGACACAUUAGAUUAGCAGUGAGAAAACCACUAAAAACUUUGAUAUUGUUUAAAACGUUCCAGGCACUCACUGUUCCAUAGUGGUGGCCAAAAGUAUCCAGGCAAGUGAAAUUUAAUAAUUUGAUGACAUCUCAAACAGAAAUCUCAAAAUUAACUUGAAAACUCCCUAGUUUAAGCCACUUUUGCGCAGAUGUGGACACCCCAGCUUCAGAAAGUAAAGGUCCUGCCACAUAUUUUUUCUAUCCAUUUCCUAAACCAGAUGAUUCUAAUUACUCCUCAGGCUUAAACUACUUAGUGACAUCACCUGUUUUGUGCACAGGGAGAACUAUAAUGCAUGGCAUAUGUUGUCUUAAUAUGUUUUGGCCACCACUGUAAAUUAAUUUUUUAAGACUCUAUGUGCCAUGUUCAAAGAAUCUCAAGUAAUACUAAUGCAUAAAUUAUUAAGAAGAAAUGCAUGUAAUCUGGGUGGGUGAGUCCUACAUUUUUAUUCUAAAUUUAAUGUACAAGGUGUUGUAGCAAUAAAGUGACCGUCCAGAA